UAAACAAAUAAUUGAGCAGCUACCCUCGCAGAGUCUCUUGCGGUUCUGCACUAAAUGGAAGGCAAUGAGAGCGAACUUAGCUCCUUCUUCGACCAGAGCAACACCGUCACCGUCACCGUCACGGCCUCGCCAACCAAAGGCUUGUUCCCAAGCAGUGAUGUUUCACUCUCACAGUCACAAUCACAGUCGCAGACGGAGUCACACGUGCCUUACCCUCAUUCCCAACUGCAAGCCCAGACGCCGAAGAAGAAGCGAGGGAGACCAAGAAAGUACGAGUCGCCAGCGCAAGCUCUCGCCGCAAAGAAGGCUUCUUCUACGUCGUCGUUUCCAUCUUCCAACAAAUCCCACUCCUCUCUUCUAGGUAGUUCAGGACACGGCUUCACUUCGCAUGUCAUUACUGUUGCUGCUGGUGAGGAUGUCAGUCAAAAAAUUAUGUCGUUCAUGCAACAAAGAAGGCGGGCAAUGUGCAUUCUGUCUGCAUCUGGUUCCAUAUCUAAUGCCUCACUUCGUCAGCCAGCAACCUCAGGAGGCAAUAUUACAUAUGAGGGUUGCUUUGAGAUUGUUUCUCUUUCUGGUUCCUAUGUUCUCAAUGAACGUGGGAUUCGGACUGGUGGUCUCAGUGUAUGCUUAUCAAAUACUGAUGGGCAGUUCAUUGGUGGAGGCAUUGUUGGACCCCUUAAAGCUGCUGGUCCAGUUCAGGUCAUUGUUGGUACAUUUUUUAUUGACCCCAAGAAGGACACUAGGACUGGAAUAAGAGAGGAUGUUUCUUCCAACAAGUUGCCACCACCAGUUGGUGAGCCAGCAUCCAGUUUAGGUUUUCAAGCAGCAGUUGACGUUUCCAGUGGGAACCCAGUCCGGGGAAAUGAGGAGCAUCAAGCUAUUGGGGGAAGUCAUUUCAUGCUUCAACAGUGUGGUCUGCAAAUGACGCCUUCUCAUUCCUCAGACUGGGGAGAUCGUUCAGAUUCAAUAAAUGCUGGCUUUGAGCUGACAGGAAGAAUAGGUCAUGGAGCACACUUGUCCCCUGAGAAUGGGGACUAUGAACAAAUACCUGAUUGAGAUGGCUUUUGGGUUAUCAAAAGACCGAUCUAUGGUAGAUAAAUUUAUGAUAUUUCUACGAACCAGCAGUUUUUGACCCAUGAUGCCUUUUAUAUUGUGAGAAAUGCUAAAUCACCCUAAAAAAAUCAGCUUAACAGUUCUCCUGUACCUAUGAGGGAAAGAUAUUUAAUACUUUCUAAGUUUUGAGAGCUCUAAAAUGAUCUUUCUAUAUUUCCUCUUCAGAAAUGAGAUGAUCUUUUUUAGGAGAAUUAGCAUUUCUCUAAUUUUCUUUGCACCAAUUAGAUAGUCGUAGCUUCAGAAAAUCACACUCAUGCUUGUCCUUGAAAUGUUGUUUGCCUCGUUUAUUCAUGGCCCAUUUAUAAAUCAAGGUUGCUGGUUUAUGCCUCUUUAUUUUUGCGGGCCUACGGCUAUAUACUAGGAUAAAUAUGGUUAGAUAACAGUUAUUUGGUAUUUCAAUUAACUUCUGGGUAACAUUAUCCUUGGAACUUUCAAGGCGAAGUCCUGUUCAAAAGUAGAUUGAACAUAGCUUAAUAUAGUUCUUUAUUUAG